AUGGGUCUGUACUACUGCAAACGCUGCGGUGAAGUGCUCUUCAGCGCCAAGGACCUCGUGGGGCACAGCAACGGUCGUGACCAGCAGAGCGGAACGUGCACAUCGCUUUUUACAGAGCCCUUGGACUGGGUCGAUGCGGUCGGAAGAAAUCAAGGUCGCAUCUACUGUCAGCGGUGUACGUUUUGCGUUGGCCGUUUCUGCUGGAGCGGCAUGCCCUGCUCGUGUGGUGAAUGGGUUCGGCCGGCUUUCCAGUUCCAUUCUGCUCGCAUCGAAGUACGUGGUGUGGUCAAGCUGGUUCCGAAGCAGCACUAA